AUGUCAUCAAUGUCAAAUCCAUGGAGAUCUCAUUCAUUCACCUCAUUCAGAGUUGCACCCCAUGGCUGCUCCUUGGCCCUUUGUUGCAUGGAAAUGGAUGUAAUCGGACCAAUUGAGCCAAAAGCCUCUAAUGGACAUCGAUUCAUUUUGGUUGCAAUUGAUUACUUCACCAAAUGGGUGGAGGCGAUAACUUUCAAAGCAGUCACUAAGAAAGCGGUCUUGGAUUUUGUUCAUUCAAACAUUAUUUGUCGAUUUGGUAUCCCAGGAGCUAUCAUCACAGAUAAUGCUGCAAACCUCAAUAGUAAUCUGAUGAAGGAGGUAUGCGAGCAGUUCAAAAUUAUGCGCCACAAUUCUACUCCAUACCGACCAAAAGCCAACGGAGCUGUGGAGGCAGCCAACAAGAAUAUCAAAAAGAUUCUGAGAAGGAUGGUUCAAGGCACUAGACAAUGGCAUGAGAAGCUGCCUUUUGCACUUUUAGGAUAUCGCACAACAGUGCGCACCUCGAUUGGUGCAACUCCUUAUUUGCUGGUGUAUAGAACUGAGGUUGUGAUUCCAGCGGAAGUCAAAAUUCCAUCUCUUCGAAUUAUUGUCGAGGCUGAAAUUGAAGAUACUGAAUGGGUCAAAACCCGACUAGAGCAACUCGCAUUAAUAUAUGAGAAACGAUUGACAUCUGUCUGUUUUGGUCAGCUUUAUCAGCAAAGGAUGGAUCGUGCAUACAACAAAAAGGUGCACCCAAGACACUUUGAAGUAGGUCAAAUGGUCUUAAAGUGCAUUCUCCCGCAUCAAGAAGAAGCCAAGGGAAAGUUUGCCCCAAAUUGGCUAGGUCCAUAUCUUAUCAAGGAAGUAUUGUCAAAAGGAUCCCUGCACCUUACUGAUAUGGAAGGAAAAAUCACAGGCAUAAUUGUUAAUGCAGAUUCAGUCAAAAGAUACUACAUCUAA